ACGCUGUGAGGUGUUGGCACAAGCAGACAAGCUUUCACAUGCGGAUGAAAUCAGCGCAGAGAGGCUCAUUGAACAGUAGCAAACCUUGUAGGCAGCUCAGAUCAUCACAGUCUGGCGCCGGGAUCUCUCUCGUUGUGGAAUACAAGAUCAGAGGAAGCAAAUGUUUCCGGUCAGGCAGCCUUGGCUUUGCAAAGCCUUAGGUUGUUAUGAUUGCUGUAUCCGGUGCAUUGGGGCAGUGCCCUACCCGUCACUGGUGGCCACCCUGCUGUGCUAUAUUGGCAUGGCAUUAUUUUGUGGCUGUGGACAUGAAGCGCUGACCCAAACCGAAGUCCUUGUUGAGACUUACUUUGCCCGGAAUGUCCAGGACUACGUGGUCAUGGCCUCUUUCAUCAAGUACUUCCAGUAUGUUAUCUACGGCCUGGCAUCCUUUUUCUUUCUCUAUGGUAUCUUGUUGCUGGCUGAGGGUUUCUACGCCACAAGUGCAGUGAAGCAGACCUUUGGCGAGUUCAGGAGCACCCAGUGUGGCCGCUGCCUCAGCCUGACGUUUAUCAUAGUGACAUACAUCUUGGCCUUCAUCUGGCUCGCAGUGUUUGCCUUCAGUGCCAUCCCAGUCUUCUUCCUGUUCAACAUGGAGCAAACCUGCCACAACAUCAACCUCCUGGCUGAGACGACAGCCAGCAUUAAUCAGCACAGCUGGAUCUGUAUGGACGCGAGGCAGUAUGGUCUGCUUCCCUGGAAUGCGGUGCCAGGCAAGAGCUGUGGAAUGACCCUGGCAUCUAUCUGCAAAACCAGUGAAUUUCACCUGACCUAUGACUUGUACAUAGCUGCGUUUGCUGGAGCUGGGGUCACUCUGUUGGCACUGUUUCUGUAUCUAAUUGCCACCACCUACAACUACGCAGUCUUGCGUUUCCUUGGCAGGAAAGGAAUUCGUUAAUCUGCCCCAUUCUCCUUCAUCUUCUGGCAGUAAGGUGGACAUCCAGCUCACGCAACGCUAGAUCUGAACUCUUCAUCCUACCUUAGAAAAAAAGCACCUUUCAAACCUGGAUCAUCUACUGUUCUUGUGAAUGUUUAAUAACAGACAAAUGUUUCUCAUCCCUGUCAUGAAUGAACAACAGGCAGAGAUGAAGAUAAUUCUGACCCAGUAAUGAUCCCCCUGGAUGAAUCUCUUGCAUUGUUCAUUUUCCUUUUGUGACUUUUCAUUUUAUCCUUUUUGUAAGCCUUCCCUAUUUCUGGCUGCAAUGUACGAUACUCCAUGAAUAAUUAAAAGCUUUGCCAGCUUGCUUUGCAAGUCAUAACUGUAUGCACACUAUUCAGUCUCUGAUGUGCAUAUUGGUUCUGAGCAUGAUUUCCUCAUUAUCAGCAACUUACAUGUCGUCGUUGUGGAUCUAAAGCGGGGGAAAUUGAAUGUGCCAGAUUUUUUCUUUGAGCUUUUCAUCCAACAUGAAGUUUACUGUGCAUUUAUCACAGGCUCUAACUGAUUUGUUUGAAUGCCACAGUCUACGGAUGGGUUUUAGAUACUAGCUAAAAAAAAAAAAGUCACAGAGGCACUUUUUGUUUCUUUAACUAGUCUCCAGCUCACGUGUUUGUGUGCACAUUUGUAUUUACUUCAAAUUAAACCUUUGAAAUCUCA